GCAUCAGCGAAGAAGAUCAGGAGCUGUACAUGCGCUUCUCGGACUGAUAUUUACAGAUUCUGGCUGCUUAUUUGAAGUUUUACUGCAGCAUUGUCGACACGAAACCAUGAACUCUUUAUUGAAUAAGGUGUUGCGGCUUCAGAACGCGCGGGCGCUAGUGUGUGUCGCUUCAUCCGUACAAAGUCAAGUGUUGACUCCACAAAUGCCUUUGGGUCUUCUACACAGACAGUAUAGGUCAAUGCCCACACAUGGUAUCGGAAGAUAUAAGCGAUUUCUUCCAAAACUACAAAAGAAGAAGAAGGAAAAAGUGCAGAUGAAGGAGAUCAUAGAAGCAACAAGCACAAAGUUUGGUGUGAUUAAUGUGUGUGUUUCUGGAUAUGACAUGACCCUAGUGGAACAUUAUUCCCAAUACAUACACAAUCUCUGCAAACGUUUGGACAUCAAGGUCGACGAAAGCUAUGCCCUGCCUACGAAAAGCACAGAGGUCAUGGUGAUGCAGGAGCAGGGCAUGAAGAUGUUUGUUGACGCAGUCCUGAAGACCCAUGAGCGUGUUGUUCAGAUAAGUGAAUUGAAGGCAACACUUUUUCCUAUACUUAUGGAGGUCAUUCUGAAGAACCAGCCUGAGGGGGUGCAACUCUGUCUGAAGGAGCACACAAAAGAAGAUUACCUGGCCCGUUUCAAGUCAAGACCUGAGCUCGAGCAACUUCUUGCAAAAAUUCAUAAUUAUUAAUUUAAAGAAAAUGUCUCCUUUUUUACUCAAAGCAUGUGUAUUGUAAUUAUUAAAUCAAAAAAUAAAAAAUAAAUAAACU